AGAUUCGAGUCACUGAGAUGAAUCAAACGCCUCAGCACUACUGAGCAUUAACAGAUAGAGUGGUUUAGGAUAAUCCUCGCGCAUAUCAUCAGCACUCAGUAACGCGCAUACGUCAUCUCUCUCUUGUCUUGCAGAGUGCAGACUCAUGGACUGAACCAGCAGCAGCAGCAGCACUGACAGCAGCGUCGCAUCCUACUGAAGUAUUAACCAGAGCGACAAAACUGCAGCCUUGACCACUAGACGACACACGUCCAGCCUAAAACAGGCACUGCUAUGUUGAAACGCAUUAGAUAUGACUGAUGUCGAGGUGACGUAUGAAGACUUCAUGGCCUCUGGAAGGACCGGCCGACGCAAUGCUGUGCACGAAAUCCUGGGAUCCUCCGGUGGCCUGGACGCUAGCGGACUCUCCCAAACUCUGUCUGAGCUCAAUAUCAGCAAAGCAGAGGCAGGGAAUGAUGGAGAGAAAAACCAAAGCUUGGCAGACUCCGAUUCCAAGCAGGAAGAAGGCAAAGGGGAAGGUACAUAACAGACUUCAGUGACAGAAUCAGGAAGUACCCCCUCUAGUGGCUGAUUUUAGAACUGAGCACGGAGGGGUUGACACUGAAAGUAGCAGAGCAUCCCUCUCCGUUAACGAUCCGGAUGGAGGACACUUUGCUUUGAGGAAGCUACUGUGAAAGGCUGGGCCUUAAGAAUCACAGCUACUUUAGCUGAUGUAGGUAUGAUUUCUACUUAAUAACUUCACUUUAGUUGUUUGGUGCUUAGGUGGGAAUUUGGGUCAGAAGUAAUGGCAUUAGAUUGGCGAAGACACUCUUGGGAGAUCAGAUGGAUCACCGCAUCGGAUUCACCUAUUAACUGCCAGAGUAGCGCAGCUAAUACGCACUCAAUGUUCAGUCAUUUUAUAGGUGUAGUGUUGUAAUAGUAAUAUCAGAUUUUGAUAUUAAAUUGUGCUGUCUUUUGAUAUCAUGUUGAUAUUCACAUAAUGUAAGUGCUGCACUUUUGUUAAACUGUCUAUGAUGGUCUUGCAUGGCACUGCUCCUGAUAGAAUACCUGUGUGUAACUGUUCACAUCCCGCAAGGGACUAAUCAUGUGUGAUCCGAACAUUUGCAGCGUGUGGUGCUUCAUGAUGAAAAUUCUUCUUUUAUUAUGAACUCGAGCCUGACUUAAAGUCUGACUGACACUGCCUAUUAACCCUUUUGACAAUGUGUUCAAUAGAGCUUGCCGUAUCAAACCUCUGCCCAUUUUUUGUCUUCCAGUCACUAGAUCUACGUCCUCAAUUUUGCAUAAAUAUAUUUGAUGAUAUUUUCAUCUGUAGGUAUGUAAAUAUUUGAAUAAAUUCAAGCAAUCUUUGGGAAAAA